UUUUGAAAAAGUUUGUUUUUUUAAUUUUUUUUAAUUUGGGUGGUUUUCUUGGACAAGUGUGAAUAUUACAGGGACAGACUCGUUUUUUUCCUCCCCAAUUUCCUCCUAUAUUUUUCCAAAUGGUCAUAAUUUUUUUCCUUUCCAUCCAAAUUGCCUUCCAACUUUAUGCCUAAAAUCAAACAAAAAGGAUUAUUUUUCAUAUUUUAUUUCCCAUUUUUCCUUCCUAAUUUUAUAAUGGAAGAAAGGAAAUUUGGAUGGAAGAAAAGAAAUUCUUUUUUGGUAUUUUCUGACCAUCCUGUCCUUUUUUCAGGAGAAAUAAAGAAAGAUAGUUGUGGAAAAAAUAGGCAGAAAAAUAGAAGGUAAAUAUGGAAUGCGUCGGCCAUAGUAUUUUCUAAAAACCGUCCAAGGCUCUUGAUUCCUGACUCAGGACUUCUUGGGUUUUUUUCGGUCUUGGUCUUGGGGUCUAGUUUUGGUCGUAAGUUUUGGAAAAUUUUCGGGUUUGGACGUCUCUAGUAUUUCCUAUAUAUUAACGAGUAUUUCUCUGGACUUUUUUCUGGAACAUUUUUUUCGACACCUCUUUUGGGUGUUUAUUCUUUUUGCAUCCACAAACUCGUGUUCAAAAAAUUUAUUCAAAAGAAGGGAAAAAAAUUUGCAAAAAACUGUCCGCAAAAAUUUUCAUAAAUUAAAAAAAAAUUUUUUAGGCCAGAAUUUUUUGGAAAAUUUGGCAAGAUCCUCAAAGUUGCAGUUGGUACCGCUCAAGCAAUAAACAAUUCGACACCUCCGACACACACUGCCUAUGUGACAUUUGCUCGUUGUGAAGAUGCACUUAGAGCUAUUCAAGCAGUUAAUAAUAUGGUUGUAGAAGGCCGGCUGUUGAAAGCGUCGUUAGGCACAACUAAAUAUUGCUCAAGUUUUUUGAAAGGACAGACUUGUUAUAAACCGGAAUGUAUGUAUUUACAUGAGGUGGCAGAUGAAAAAAUUAGCUUUACAAAGGAGGACAUGCAUCAAGGAAAACACACAGAAUAUGAACGCCGAUUGCUUGAACAUAUGUUUGCCUUGUUUGGAAUUCAAGGUUCAACGGGUUUUAAUCAGCAACAACAACAGACUUCUACGUGCAGAGAAUUGGUGGUGGCAAGAAAUCGAGCGAGAGUGAUGACAUCGGGAGGAGAGCAAUUGGAAAAGAAGCGUCCUACAAGCGGUUCAGUUGAAAAUUUGCCAAAAAUGAUAUCACAACAAAUUAAGCAGAAAAAAGGAAAUGAUGAUACAGUUUUAACACAGAAACAUCAGCAGCAACAGCAAAAACCAUUAACAAUUAAUGGAGAUGUUUUAAAUAAUAAUAAUUUUGAAAAAUCAAAUAAUUCACAACAACAAAUGUUGCUGCAAAAUAACAAUAAAAUGUCUUCUUCUUCAACAUCAACAACACCAUCUCCACCAACAUUUGUUGCGGUUUCUCAAAAUGUUUUAAUUCAACAACAUCAACAACAGCCACCACCAAAUUCUUCUGCUAUUAUUAAUUCGUUUGUUGAUGAUGAUGAUUUGGGCUUUGAUCCUUUUGAAGGUUUUUUUUUUCAAUAUUUUGAGGGAAGAUUUUGGGAAUGUUGUGAAAUUGUCCGCAACUGGGAUAGGCUACCAGAAACCCUCGUCUUUUUUGAAAAUCCGAUCCGAAACCCGACCCGUGAAUUUUUCUUUUAAA